AAUGUAAAAAAAAUCUUUUAGAACGCCACCAACGGCUUCGGGACAUGUUAGCAAACACACUGAAGCAACAAAGACCUCAAGAUGAGCAAGAUAUCUUUAAAAAAACGACAAGACCACGAGCAGAAGGUGUGGAUUUGACCAGAGACCAUGGCAACCAGUUACCUGCUACUGCUCCUCUUUGUCCUCAAUGGAGCGGAUGCUUCUCAUAUUGUUGGAGGCAGAGAUGCUGCCCCGCAAUCGCGUCCCUACAUGGCCUCGCUGCAACUCCGGGGUCGCCACAACUGUGGGGGAGUCCUGGUGAGAGAGGACUUCGUGCUCACUGCGGCACAUUGCCAGAUACCCAGGUCAUACACGGUUGUACUCGGAGCCGGCUCCCUGACCGCUAAUGAGCCUACAAAGCAGGAGUUCAGUGCAGUCCAAUCCUUCCCACACCCCAACUACAACGGACAUGCAAAUGACAUCAUGCUCAUCAGGCUCAACGGUCGAGCCCAACUGACUGCAGCGGUGCAGCUGAUCCCUCCGAUCAGGGCCCGGCUGAAUGCAUCCAGUCAGUGCUUCACCGCCGGCUGGGGGGACGUAGGGGACAACGGCACCUUACCCAUCAGGCUCCAGGAAGUCAACGUGACCCUCUUGACGCAGCGGACAUGUCGUCGCAGAUGGGCCGGCGUUCCGAUCACCAGGACGAUGGUUUGCGGCACGGGGGCCCGAAUCUUCCAAGGCUUCUGCUCGGGGGAUUCAGGCGGUCCGUUGGUGUGCAAUGGAGCUGCAGCAGGCGUCGUCUCCUUCUCUGGACGCCGAUGCGGAGACCCCAGGACCCCCGAUGUCUACACACGCGUGCCGCCCUUCAGGCGAUGGAUCGCAUCCGUGUUGAGAAACAAUUAGGCCGAUUAGAUUGACCGGUGAUACGGCAGCAUGCUCGAUUGAGAUCUACAUUUUUCAAGAUGUGGCCCUUUUUAAUACACGAACACGUGAAA